AUGUAUUUUAAAAAUUUAAUAGUUAUAAUAUUAUUUUUUAUUUUUAUAAUAUUCCAAGAAAAUCAAUUUGUACAAUCAAUUGAAACACUAGAAUUUACAACAUUUGAUAUUAAUAUUAAGAAAUGCUUAUCCAAAGUUUAUGAUGUAUCAUUAGAUUCUUGUUCAACCUCAAGUGGAAUUUGUGAAACUGGAAGUUUUAAAAUUGAAAAAAGAUCAAAUUUAACUGGACAAUUUAAUUUAAAUCUUUAUGACCACAGUAAUGAUUGUUCAACUCAAUUCACUCAAUUAAUAUUUAAUUGUAAUAAUGUAAUAGAUACCAAUAUAACAGACUAUGGUGUAUUCAAUGCAAUGUGUUAUCAAUCAUUCGUUGAUUCUUCAUCUUUUAAACUAUUACCAUCAUCAUUAAUAUUAUUAUUGUUUGUAAUAACUUUAAUUUUAAUAAUAUAA